UCUUGAUUAGACUCGCAAGCCGUCACUGCAGAAAUUACUGGCUUGCGAAUCUAAAUCUUAACUUAAGUAGAAAACAGCUUUUGAUGCCCAUAUUAAUCCACCUUUAAAUAAUAAGGAGUACUUGAAGCAAGGGCGUAUAAAAAAGAGAGGGUAUGCAGGUGACUGACUAUACACAUAUAUAGCCUCGUUCCCAGGCCGAGAUCGACAGCUGAUUGUAUCUGGGCGUGGUUGGAAUUCGCUUUAGGUAUUCACUCAAAACGAGCGAAUUUCUGAGUAUAAGCAAACACUAAAGGUCUAUGUAAAGACACUUGCUCCGUAAAUAUUACCAUAAUUUCGUGUCAUGUGCCUAGCUAGCUAGUGUGCAAGUGUUUUGGAGUGGAGUACGCUGUCUUGUGCGAAGCAAAGAGUUCACUCUCAUGAAAGAACAGGUCCAGUUGCUAUAUAUGGGUGGACAAGGUUGAUAUAGGACCACCAGUGCUGGGAAGCUUCACAUGUUUCAGAUACACCCUCUAGGCAUAGAUCUCUGGUAUCUAUCCUCUAGGAGCAUCGCAAGUGGCUUGGAUGUAUUGUUAUGGUUGAGAAGUGGGUGACUGAUUUCGUGGAGGAGUGUAAGCUGAUGAGCCGGCUUCGUCACCCUCACAUAGUACAGUUCUUGGGGGUGUGCUAUCUCCCUGGAGCCCAACUCCCUGUCCUACUGAUGGAGAAGCUACAAACCAGCCUCGACAACCUUUUAGAAACCAGCCCCAACAUUCCUAUUGACCUCAAAGUGCACCUUCUGACGGGGACUGGCCGAGGGGUGGUCUAUCUGCACAGCCGCACUCCACCCAUUGCCCACCGUGAUCUGUCUGCCAAGAACAUUCUAGUCGAUAAUGGUCUCAAUGCCAAGAUAGCAGACUUGGGUGUUUCUAGGAUUGUGAACAUUCAGCCUGGCCGGCUAGCUGCCUCAAUGACUCAAAUGCCAGGCACUGGUGUGUACAUGCCACCAGAGGCAGUUCAAGAGGAAGGGGUCACACAAUAUAACACUGCCAUAGAUAUCUUCUCCUUUGGUGUAGUAUCUCUGUUCACACUGACACAAACAUUUCCCAAAGAUCUGAAACCUGCAACAUAUCGUGACCCUGCUACUCGAAAGCUUGUUGCUCGCUCCGAAAUUGAACGUCGAGAACAUUACAUCAUACAAAUGAAAGCAGCUCUUGGUGAGACCCACUCCCUAGUCCAGUUGACCCUCGCUUGCCUAGAGUAUGACCAAGAAGAUCGACCAUCUGCUGCAGUGGUGUUGAGACGAUUAGAGGAGGUUGGAACAACACUCCCUCAGAACAGCACCCAGACCAAGCUGGAACUGAUUCAACAGAAAGAAGAAAUACAGCUAGUUGCUGCCAAAAAGCAAUUUCAAAACACUCAAUUACAAGCUCAAAUUAAUCAUCUUCAAGCUGAGAAACGAGAGCAAGUUCGUGGACUGGAAGAAUUGACCACUCUCCAACAAGAGCAGUUGGAAGUUCAACGCAAAGAAAUUGAUCGUCUUUUCAGUUCAGUGAGGUCUCUACAAAUACAGCCUCGGGAGGACACACCUCUGGGCUCCGGACAGAGAGAGAUAACCACUAACAAAACCACAAAAGCAAUCAAGAUUGUUGAUUCCAGCAGUGGAAACAAAUUGCUACCGCACAAGUCGACCACACUACAACCAACUGUUCCUACUGCCAUCACCUUCAACUGGACAAGAUGCAAGGACAUACCAAGGGGAAUGGAAGUAUUCGAUCAUCCUGUGGCUAUCAACGGGAAGCUGUACAUGAGAGGCAGGAGACACUGGACUGAGACUGUGCUAGUGUACACACCAGAUCAGGAUAGCUGGGAUGAGCUGCCACCUCCUCCAGUAGACGACUUCACCAUAGCAACACUGAGGGGUCGACUGCUAGUGGUCGGAGGUCGGGACAAGUCUACAAAACAAAAAACUAAUAUCAUCCUAACAUACGAUGAGAGCUCUCGACAAUGGAUCCAGUCACUUCCCCCCAUGACAAAAGCAUUAACUGAGCCAAUAAUUGUUGGAUAUCAGGACCAUCUGAUCGUUAUCGGUGGAGUUGACUCAAACAGCACUGAUAUAGCCGAUGUAAACAUUCUGAACACAAGUAAUAAAUGGAUUACAGCCGAACCAUUUCCCCGCACUAAUGAUAGCUACAACACUUGCCUAAUUGGAGACACACUGUAUCUUGUAGGAAGUUUAGGCACUAAAGAAGUGUUUGGAGCUCAUGUACCCUCCCUCAUAUUACGAGCCAGUUCUGGUGUGUGGGAAUCUGUUGCAAAGGUGCCAUUCUAUGGGUCGUCUCCCAUCGCCAUCGGCAACACUCUCCUGACUGUGGGGGGUAGUAAAGAGAAAGGACUAGGAAAUAAUACUACCUCAAGCAUCUAUCUGUACGAUCCUACUAAAGACCAGUGGACACAAUGCGGUGACCUUCCUGAGGAAAUGUACUGUUGUCACUGCAUUGAACUAUCUGGCAAACUGUGUGUACUUGGCGGUCAUAGAUAUUUAACCAUUAUCAGAUCUGUGUACACAGUAAUCUCAUCCACUUCACACUAGUUUACAUGCAUUGUUUUUUUUUUAUUCAUUUCAAUGUAUAGCACUUCAUUUUUUCGAGGAGCUAAAAUUUCCCGUUUUUCGCAGAUUGACCUUAAACCUCGAAAUGUUAGUGCCUCAAAAGUGUGUUGUAUUGAAUCUUAGGGGUGUGG